UGAAAAAUGUAAAAAAAAAGUAUUUAACAAAAACAUUUGAAAACAGGCAGUUUGAAUGUCGCGUUUAUUCAAAUUUGUAAAGUUAUCCCAACAAAAUGUAUCGUGCCAGGCCAUGAACUUGAAUCUCCAGUCACGCAAGUGGAACUUCAUAAACGGCACACCUGUAGCACCAACCGGUCAUGAAUCAUUUUACCUCUUCGAACCCUCAACCGGGUCAAUUUUGUGUCAAAUUGAUGAGUCCAGUAAAAGUGACGUCGAUGCCGCUGUCAGAGCGGCUCAGCAAGCAUUCAAGUUGUGGAGCCGGACAAGUGGCUUAGAGAAGGCCGAAGUACUUCGAAAUACGGGAAAGCUACUUCGAGAAAGAUCAAAAGAAUUGGCAGUUGCCGAGACUGUAGAUGCCGGAAAGCCUAUUUGGGAAUCAAAAUGGGAUAUCCAAACGGCAUUUGACUGUUUCGAAUAUUUUGCCGGUCUCAGUCCGACUAUAAGCGGGCAGCAUAUUAAACUCAGUGGGGACAACUGGGCCUACACUAUUCGUCAACCUAUAGGAAUUGUCGGCGCCAUUGGUGCAUGGAACUACCCUAUUCAAAUAGCAGCAUGGAAACUAGCCCCGGCAUUAGCAUGUGGCAAUACUGUUGUUUUCAAACCUUCACCUCUCACUCCGAUCAAUACUUUGACAUUAGCUGAAAUUCUGAAAGAGGCUGGCGUUCCAGAUGGGGCUGUGAAUGUCGUUCAAGGCCAGGCCGCAACUGGCCAGUAUAUGUGUGAACAUCCGGACGUGAACAAAAUAACGUUCACGGGAAGUGUUCCAGUAGGAAAAACCAUUUCAAAAAUAGCUUCUGAAUCAUUGAAAAGAGUAACAUUAGAGCUGGGAGGUAAAUCCCCAUUGAUCAUAUUCGAAGACGCAGUUAUGAAAAAUGCCGUAAAUGCAGCUUUAAUGGGUAACUUUUUAUCUCAGGGCCAAGUUUGCAACAAUGCUACUCGCGUUUUUGUCCAAGAGUCUAUUUACGAUCAAUUUGUUGAUAUGAUUUGUGAAGGUGUCGAGAAAAUUAAUGUUGGUAACCCGCAUGACGAGCAAACGACUAUGGGGGCUCUUAUUUCCGAGCAGCAUUUGGACAAGGUUCUUUCGUACGUUGACUCAGCUGCUAGAGAAGGCGCUGUUGUUGUCGGAGGAAAACGAAUGAAAAUUGGCGAAGGUUAUUUCAUGGAACCAUGCGUGCUUUUAAACUGCCGCGAUGAUAUGAAAGCUGUGAGGGAAGAAAUUUUUGGACCGGUCAUGUCAGUGCUGAAGUUUUGCACUGAAGAUGAAGUUCUGGAACGAGCAAAUGCGACCAAGUUUGGUCUGGCCGGUGGAGUGUUUACUGAGAACCUAGCCAGAGGUCACCGAGUGGUGGCUGGUCUGCAGGGGGGAGUGCAGUGGAUUAACAAUUAUAACACAUUCACAGUAGAGGUGCCAUUCGGGGGUCUGAAGGAAAGUGGAUAUGGGCGGGAAAAUGGACUGGCGGCCAUUGAACAUUUCACUGAACUGAAAACGGUGCUAGUUGAAUCUGGAGACGUAUGGACUCCUUUUGACUGACACUCCAUUUAGCCAAAGAAUUCCCAAACUAUAUUUAUUUGAAUGAAGAAAACCUAAAGUAUAUCAUUUGAUUUUUUAAUUGAAUGAUGAAAACAGCUGUAUUAAAUAUUUAUGUAUUUUGCGACGCAUUGUUAUGAACGACGAAACAUUCACAGUCAAAGGUAAAUCCACGUUAAAAUUCAUUUUUGGACAGCAUGUGAGCAAGAUAACGGGGUCCAAAAUAUCGAAAUUGUAUUUGAAUUAUUUUACCAGCUACAUACAUAAAGCAAAAGCUAAAUAAUAGCCUGGAGGAAAAGUACUGCUCAUCGAGUAGGAUAUCCUGGAGAGGAAAAGAAGUUGGUCAAUUUUUAUCAUUAUUAUGAUUAUUAAUAUUAUGAUUAUUCUGAUUUGCACGAAUUGGGUUGCUCUGAUAAAAAG